GGGUUUUUGGCACUGCCCGAAUUUGUAUUUUGGUGAAGCACUGUGUCUUUAAAAGUGCAAGGAUGAGUGUUGUCUGUUACCCUCGAAUCAGGGCCAUGUGACUGGCUCUUGUCUAUUCUAUUGGUCAAAGGCACGUGUCUAGGAUACCGGAGCGUAACGUCACUGGGGGCUCGUAUUAAAAAUAAGAACAAAAAUCCGGAGUGAAAGUAUUUCAGGAGCAGUUAGGAGCCCCACUCCUCUGUCCUCAGAGUAGCCACUGACGUCCCGAUAGUUGCAUUGCGCAGAAAACAAAUAGCACCAAACUGGCAAGUUACGGUUCAUCAACCUUAAACAGAGAACAUUCCGUGAUUGGAAGGCGUAAUUAUGUUUUUCCUUUGUGACCACGGUGCGCAAAGGCUUUUUACUGUCGCUAAAGCUCACUGACAGAUUUUCUUUCUCAGUUUUGAAAAUUGCCUGAAGUGAACAAAGUGGACGGAGUCGCCCGUGGAGUGGGGUGCGACUGCCUGAGUGCUGGAGAGCGAUAAAGGGUUAAGCCCGGAAAGUGGAAAGUGUGUCUCAGCAUGGAUGAGAGUGAGCAGAGCGCACGAGACGCGGAGCAGCGAGGAGCGGCGGACGAGUCCAACAGUGUCAUACGACCCCUUCUGCAAGCUCCAGGGAACCUGCAGCUCCCGCACCGCAUCACAAACUUCUUCAUCGACAACAUCCUGCGACCGGACUUUGGCUGCAAGAAAGAAGCGAACAUCACGCGCGAUGAGGGCAAUCUCGGCGCGCGAGACAAUCUCAAUCCAACGGGUCCUAGCACGGGACAGGUGGGAAGUACUGUACCAGCAGAGGGGACUUCAACACAUCCGAGCAGCGGAGGAAAGAAGGCAGAGAUAGAGAGCGAAGAGCCCCUGAAGACCCGCGGGGAGAAUGUGGAUCAGUUCCUGGGUUCAGAGUCGGAUAGUUCACAGUCCAAUGGACAACCUAACCAGCCUAUGCUGUGGCCCGCUUGGGUUUACUGCACACGAUACUCGGACAGACCGUCGUCAGGUCCUAGAUCUCGUAAACCAAAGAAGAAAAACGCAAGUAAAGAGGACAAACGUCCACGCACGGCCUUCACGGCGGAGCAGCUUCAGAGACUCAAGGCCGAGUUCCAGGCCAACCGCUACCUGACCGAGCAGCGACGGCAGAGUCUGGCGCAGGAGCUGGGACUCAACGAAUCACAGAUCAAGAUCUGGUUCCAGAAUAAACGAGCCAAAAUCAAAAAAGCCACCGGCACCAAGAACUCUCUGGCGUUGCACCUGAUGGCACAGGGACUGUACAACCACAGCACCACGUCAAAGGAAGACAAAUCAGACAGUGACUGAGACAGAGAAAGUGGGGAGGGGUGGGUGCGAGGUUAUAUUUACAAUGCAAUAAUUGAAAAGAAUAAAGGGCCAGUUAAUAAAUAUACCAGCAUUACUGACGUUAAAUAGAGGCUAUAUCGAAUUAUGUCAAAAAUACAUUUAUUGAAUACAAUUCUCUUAUGAAAUAAUGGCGAAAUUAUUUAAAAAAUAGGCUAUAGGCCUAUAUGUGCCGUUUUUUUGCACUUGGGCAGAGUGGGUCUCUUAAGAGACAAUUAUUUUUAUCAUUCUUCUUUGUCAAGCUGUCACAAAAACCAAGCGUUUUCCGCGAUUAACACAACGGGAGUUUAUAUACAUUUAUAAGUUGUUGAGAAAAAAAAAGAAAAGAAAAGAAGUGAAAACCUUGCUUAAGUCCAAAGAGUCUUUUCUGCUGCAUCCAGGCAACUGUGAGUACUAUGAAAUGCGUGUGUUAUUUACAAGUUUAUCGUAUUUGAUUUGAUAUUUGAUACACAAUGGACGCAGCAAUCGUCGGAUCUCAGCAGGAUUAAAAAAAAGAACCGAAAAAAAUGAAAGAAACCGUUCUUUUUAUUGUAAAUAAAUGCAAGUUUUAGCCUGGUUCAUUUUAAUGAGUGAAUUGGAGAAUAAAAAA